AGAAGGAAGACGGUCAUUCCUUCUAUUAUGCGAUGGCGUACGCUCUCAGAUUUCAUAUUCCAUCUUUGCUUUCCAUGCACAUAUGCACAUUUAACUGUGAGUAACAUGUGGACGGUAUUCUCGACAUUGCCCACAAUCGUUGCAAGGUGCAUCUUCAUUGCUAUUUACUGCAAGGUAGUGUUCAAGUCCAUACGUUUGCAGUCCACAUGUUCUGGAUAGUUUAUCCGCUGACCAUGUG